UGACUUAUUUAAGACUGCCCAUUUACUUAAUUUGUAGUUUUUGACUAAUUUAAGACUACCCUUGUACUUAAUUUGCAGUUUUAGCUUCAGUUAAGCAGUAAAGCCAUAAUCUUUAACCUUCAAGAACUGUAAAUUUUGAGUCUUUUACGUCUGGGUCUCUCUCUGUGUGUGUAUGCACGUGCUUGAUGAUGAUGAUGACUUAGAAUUUUCAACUCUCUUUUUGGUCACUUUUUAGAUAUUUUAGUCAAAGCUGCAAUCAAGCUCUCACUGCUGUAUUUAGUAUCUUUUUUCCACAUUAAAGAUCAGACAUAUUAAGGUGUUAAGAUAAUCUCAACUUCUGUACUAACCAAUUCCAAAGAGUAAGGAGGCAGCUAUGGAAGAGGAUGAUAUCUACACAAAAGAUGGAACUAUUGACUAUAAAGGGAAUCCUGCUAAUAAAAAGGAAACUGGAACCUGGAGAGCUUGCCCUUUUAUUAUAGGAAAUGAAUGUUGUGAAAGAUUGGCUUACUAUGGGAUGAGUUCAAACUUGGUUAUUUAUAUGAAGCACAUACUGAAUCAAUCAAGUGCUACUGCUACUAAAAACAACUCUGAUUGGAGUGGAACAUGUUAUACCACACCGUUGAUCGGAGCAUUUCUGGCUGAUGCUUAUUUUGGAAGAUAUUGGACUAUUGCAAUCUUCUCAAUCAUAUAUGUCAUCGGGAUGACACUUUUAGCAUUAUCGGCAUCUGUCCCUGGUAUAAAACCAAGAUGUUACGCUAAAGACGACUGCGAUCCAACUGAAGCACAAAGUGCAGUGUUCUUUGUUGCACUUUACCUAGUAGCACUGGGAACAGGAGGGAUUAAGCCUUGUGUUUCGACAUACGGAGCAGAUCAGUUUGAUGAUACCGAUGAGGGUGAGAAGAAGCACAAGGGUUCUUUCUUCAAUUGGUUCUACUUCUCUAUUAAUGUUGGAGCUUUGAUUGCUUCGUCUGUGCUGGUUUACGUACAAAUGAACUGGAGUUGGGGAUGGGGUUUCGGCAUUCCUGCAAUAGCCAUGGCAAUUGCUGUUGUUAGUUUCUUUUCAGGAACUCGGCUAUACCGGUACCAAAAGCCCGGAGGCAGCCCUUUCACGCGUCUCUUCCGGGUGAUUGUGGCGUCUAUAAGGAAAUACAAAACCAAAGUUCCCGCUGACAAGGCUCUUUUAUAUGAGAUUGCAAAUGAUGAUGAAUCAAACAUCAAAGGAAGCCGCAACAUAGAGCACACCAAAGAUUUUAGUUUCUUUGACAAGGCGGCAGUAGAAACAGAAACAGACAAUGUAAAGGAUUCAAUAAACCCAUGGAGACUUUGCACGGUAACUCAAGUGGAGGAACUAAAAUCAAUCAUUCGGUUGCUUCCAAUAUGGGCAACUGGUAUAAUUUUUGCUGCAGUUUACAGCCAGAUGAGCAACUUGUUUGUGUUACAAGGUGAUCAAAUGAACAAAUUUGUUGGCCAUUCCACUUUCGAGAUCCCAUCUGCGUCUCUUUCCGUCUUCGACACUCUUAGUGUUAUUUUCUGGGUUCCUAUCUAUGACAAAAUCAUUAUGCCAUCUGCUAGAAAAAUCACAGGUUACAAACAUGGCUUGACUCAACUCCAGAGGAUGGGCAUCGGUCUCAUUAUCUCCGUAUUUGCCAUGGUAUCUGCUGCAGUUUUAGAACUCGUACGACUCGAUAUGGUUAGAAGACACAACUCUUAUGAUGUUAAAGAAGUACCCAUAUCAGUAUUUUGGCAAGUUCCGCAGUAUUUUCUGAUAGGAUGUGCAGAAGUUUUCACAUUUAUCGGACAACUCGAAUUCUUCUACCAGGAAGCACCCGAUGCCAUGAGGAGCUUGUGUUCUGCCUUGUCGCUCACAACUGUUGCGCUAGGUAAUUACUUGAGCUCUCUCCUUGUAACCAUCACUAUGAGCAUCACCACUCGAAAUGGAAAACCAGGGUGGAUACCUGAUAACUUGAAUUAUGGUCAUAUUGACUACUUCUUCUGGGUAUUGGCAGUAAUGAGUGUGCUGAAUGUAGGAGCCUUUUUCUUUAUCUCAAAAUGGUACACAUACAAAACACCACUGGGAACUCUUCGUUAAAAAAACGAUAUUGCAUGGAAAGUUCUCGAGUUCUACGUUUCAGUGUUUCAUUUAAAUACUUUUGAAAUGUCGUUUAUAGCCUAUUUCAGUGCUGUUUCGUUGUUUUUUGUUUCAGUUUUUCCUUGUCUGUGCUACAUAGUUGAUCGAUGAUCAUAUAGAUUUGUAGUUGUAUUGUUAAAAGUUAAAACAACUGUAGAUAAAUUCAGCAAGUGCUUGAAAAUGUGGUAUCUUUUACCAGAAAUUUGUAAAGUACAGUUCAAAGAAUCUCAUAUUAGUCAUUUUUUCCA